AUGUUGCUUAGCCCUAAAAGUGGACCCCUCAUACUACCCCCUGUUCAAUUAUUCCCCCCAAGUGCCUCUACUUCUGUCAAUCCCCCUGUUCCUCUCCUUGUAAAUUUGAGCCCACCGAUCGAUCACAGUGGCCUGCCACCAUCAUUUAUCUCUGCUGUGCGAGAUACACAGAGAUUAGAAACAAUGCCUGAACUAUUGGAAAGACUAGAUCUGGAUUCUGGAGAUUCACUCAGAAAGUACACAAAGAAAAUAAUGCAUGAAAUGGUAGACAUUUGCCAAGAUACUAUACAG